GGUGCUCGAACUUGUUUUUCCAUUCUCUUCAUCUUCGUGCUCCAUCCUUUCUGAAGCACACGAACAUUUGUGAAAAAAAGUCACUUAAGAAGUUGUAAACAGCGCAAUGGAGCUUAUCGAAUAUGUUAUAAAUGUGGCAGUUUUUGUUCAAGAUUUAGCGUUCUCACUUCUCAAAGUCAUGUAUAUAAUUAUAUGUGACGCAAUAGGCAAUAUGUUUCGAAAAAAGCGGCGCGACUUAAAAGGAGAAACGAUGCUUAUCACAGGUGGUGGUAGAGGCAUAGGCAGAUUAUUGGGGAUCAAAGCGGCAGAAUGCGGAGCUAAAGUGGUUUUGUGGGACAUUGAUGAAAAAACAGUGAGACAGACAGCAGAUGAAAUUAAACAGAUAGGUGGGGACGCCUCAUGGUACGUCUGUGACAUCACAUCAGAGGAUGAUGUAAAUAGAACGGCGAAGAAAGUUCAAGCAGAAAUAGGCGACGUUUCCAUCCUGGUAAAUAAUGCUGGAGUAAUGCAGAACGUGCCAUUUCUUCAACUUUCUAGUGAGAAAAUUGUUCAGACUUUUAAAGUGAAUGCACUUGCUCAUUUCUGGACAAUUCGAGCAUUUUUACCACGAAUGGAAGAAAAAAAUCAAGGUCACAUUGUCGCAAUUUCUUCGUGUGCUGGAUUGAUGGGCCACGUGAAUCAAAGUGACUACUCAGCUUCUAAAUGGGCCGUUGUGGGAAUGAUGGAGAGCUUGUCCGAAGAAAUGAGAUUGAAAAAAAGCAAUAUAAAAUUCACGACAAUUUGCCCUCUAACGGUGAAUACUGGAAUGAAUGAAAACCCCGUUACAAGGUUUCAAUUCCUGUUACCAAUACUGAGCCCAGAAAAAGCUACAAGUAACAUCUUGACAGCCAUAAAGAAUGAAGAGUUCCUUGUGACAAUUCCUCGAAGAAUUAAAUUCUUUUUAUCGCUAGUCAGGCUCCUUCCUCACGUAAUGCUGUCCGAAAUUAUGGAUUUUUCUGAAUAUUGUCGUGUCCCCAAUACUGCAUCGAACACUAAUGGAAACGUAGUUGAAGAUACUUCAGAUAGUUCUCGGAUACUCUGAUAGCACCGAAAAAAAAAUAAAUUUCAGUCUUAAGAAAUAGCACAGACCUUGUCAAGACAACAUUGGAUUGUUAAUACAACGCUGUGGAACAUAAAUAACUAGUUUUUGCCAAAAAGCGCAGUUGUAAUUAUGUAUGAUACAGAAGUUUAUCAUUAAUUUUCUUAGCUGAUAUUGUGACAAAUAAAUGUAUACGUAAAUAAUAGAGAUAAAUUUGUAAACUGAUCCUUGGAUUUAAAAUUUUAUGCCUCGAGGAAUAAUUGCACUUACCAAGAUAUUUAAAGCUGCAGUUAUUUCUGACAUUAAUGAUGGUGAUAAGUAGUGGUUACUUAAAUUAAUAACAGUAGUAUUUGGCUUAGUUUAUCGAAUAACAAAAGUUCCAUGAUAUGUUGUGAUGUAUUUUUAUUACAAUUAAAGAUAUGUAUUAUGAAAAAAUA